ACUCACUCCCUCUCGCCCACGGGCCACGGCGAUGGAUUCGCUCUGCCUCCGCCCGUCGUCCCUUCGCUCCGCGCCCGCCGCCGCCGCCGCCACCCGCCGGCGAGAUCAUAUUCUACCAUCAAUUUGUUCUAUCCAACCAAAUGGCCAAGGGCGAGUUUCUUUGUCCAUCCAAGGGUCCAAAGGCCCUAGGGUUGAUCAUUGUAAAAAAUUCUUGGAUUGGAAAUACUCCUACCAUAGGAUAUCACAUCAAUCAAGAAAUACUUCUGCAAUAGCUUCGGGGCAAUCGCUGCAGCCUGAAGCUGAAGCCCAUGAUCCAGCAAGCAUCUGGAAGCCAAUAUCAUCUUCUCUGGAUGCAUUUUACAGGUUUUCUCGGCCACAUACCGUCAUAGGAACAGCACUAAGCAUAGUCUCGGUUUCCCUGCUAGCUGUCGAGAGCUUGUCUGAUAUUUCGCCCUUGUUCCUCACUGGUUUGCUGGAGGCAGUGGUGGCUGCCUUUUUUAUGAACAUCUAUAUUGUGGGAUUGAAUCAGCUGUUUGACAUUGAAAUAGACAAGGUUAACAAGCCAACUCUUCCACUAGCAUCUGGGGAAUACUCUCCUGCAACUGGGGUUGCAAUAGUGUCAGUUUCUGCUGCUAUGAGCUUUGCCCUUGGAUGGGUUGUUGGAUCACCACCUCUGUUUUGGGCUCUUUUUAUUAGCUUUGUUCUUGGAACUGCUUAUUCAGUCAAUCUGCCAUACUUUCGAUGGAAGAGAUUUGCUGUUGUUGCAGCACUCUGCAUAUUAGCAGUGCGUGCGGUGAUUGUUCAACUGGCAUUUUUUCUCCACAUUCAGACAUUUGUUUUCAGAAGGCCAGCAGUCUUUUCAAAGCCAUUGAUAUUUGCAACUGCAUUCAUGACUUUCUUCUCAGUUGUAAUAGCAUUAUUCAAGGAUAUACCUGAUAUUGAAGGGGACCGUAUUUUUGGAAUUCAGUCUUUCAGUGUUAGAUUAGGUCAAAACAAGGUUUUCUGGAUUUGUGUUGGUUUACUUGAGAUGGCAUAUGGUGUUGCAAUACUGAUGGGGGCAACUUCUUCCAGUUUGUGGAGCAAAUCUGUAACAGUCGCUGGCCAUGCAAUCCUUGCCUCGAUCUUAUGGAGCUGCGCACGGUCCGUUGAUAUGACAAGCAAAGCUGCAAUAACAUCAUUCUACAUGUUCAUCUGGAAGCUGUUCUACGCGGAGUACCUGCUCAUUCCUCUUGUAAGAUGAGGACAAGCUACUCCACGGAGGAACUUCAGUGCGCUGAGUAAAGCUGCACGUAUAUCUGUUUGAAAAUCAAAUGGCCACGGACUGCGCCCAAUAAAAUUCCCUGAGCAAGCCCCGGUACAUCCUUGAUAUUCCAGCCCUGAUGAGGUCACUCCCUGAAGAUGUACAACCUCCCAACCCCCUGGAAACGUACCCAGGCUGGGCCUGGUGAGCUGUAGAAGUAGGUGGUAGCAACAAACUCUUGCAGUAGCAGAAGGCACGUUCUGGGAAAAAUAAAGCUAGCUCACCCCAUUUCAUUUUGUUCGUACAUACCUUGUGGCCUUACAUUCCAUCUGCACAUUGACUUUGCGAUGGUGCAAUUAUUGGCUGAUAUGAUCCGUCGAAAUCCCAUUGUUUUGUUAGAAA